AGGUCACCAGCCUAAGUCUGGCCACCAGGCAGGGCUGGAGCUGCCCGCCCCAGGAUUCCUUCCGUGGGCUCCGGGAACUAACAGACCCCUUCCGACUCCCCUUCAUGGAGGAGGCGGGGAUGCAAGGACCGGAAGGCACUGCAGAGUCAGCGCUGAACUGUGAGGCGGGGCCACCUCAUUUCAACUGCCCAGUUCCCACCAGGACCAAGCUGGAGCCCCUCCCUGGUCCCCUUUAAAUUCCCUGCGUGGGUAACUCUUCUCGGAUCUAGACCUUACUCACCUCCUUCCUGUUUCUUGAAGGCCCUUCCCACACUCCCCAGACCGAGCCCCCCCAUCCCUCACAGGACACCUCCUUUUACCAUAAUCUCCUCGUUGGUUACCUUAUUUCCUUAUUCCUUCCUGGGGUCCCGGGAAAUGCCAGCACCCCCAUCCACCUUGCCCGGGCUUUUCGAUACUCCCUAAGUAUAGACUGUUGUCUCUCAACACUACCCCUAGGUGUCCUGUGUCUUCUGGUACAUUCCACCCCACCGCUACUUCCACCCGGCUACAUUCACUCUCUACAUCCUCUACAAAUACCUUUCAUCUGCCACUGCCCACUGAUGCCUUCAUCUCCGUUAUAGACACCCUCCCCCCUGGCCAAUUCGGUGUUACCCCACUACUCCCCCAUUCAUGCUUGGACAGAGACUAGAGACGCCUCCUUGACAUAGUUCUUUGUUAAUCCCGCCAUCCCCCAAACUUGCUCCUGUCAUCCUCGCAUCCUUCCUCCCAACCUUUCCUUCUCAGGCUCUCUCCUUCUGUGCCCAGGCUGGCCCACAUGUCACAGUCAACCUCCCCUCGUUCCCGUGAACUGCCUCCCACCAUGUUCCCCUGAGCCUCCGAGGAGGGGGCUCAGGGGGCCUGAUGGCCUCCCGCCCCCCGCGGCCCCACAGCCCCCGUGGGCCAGGGGAAGCCCCGCGAAAGCCCCAGGGCCCAGGAUGGGCAACGGCACGUGGGAGGGCUGCCACGUGGACUCCCGCGUCGACCACCUCUUCCCGCCCUCCCUCUACAUCUUCGUCAUCGGCGUGGGGCUGCCCACCAACUGCCUGGCCCUGUGGGCCGCCUACCGCCAGGUGCGCCAACGCAAUGAGUUGGGGGUGUACUUGAUGAACCUGAGCAUCGCCGAUCUGCUGUACAUCUGCACGCUGCCACUGUGGGUCGACUACUUCCUGCACCACGACAACUGGAUCCACGGCCCCGGCUCCUGCAAGCUCUUUGGGUUCAUCUUUUACACCAACAUCUACAUCAGCAUCGCCUUCCUGUGCUGCAUCUCGGUGGACCGCUACCUGGCCGUGGCCCACCCACUGCGGUUCGCCCGCCUGCGCCGCGUCAAGACGGCUGUGGCCGUGAGCUCUGUGGUCUGGGCCACGGAGCUGGGUGCCAACUCGGUGCCCCUGUUCCAUGAUGAGCUCUUCCGUGACCGGUACAACCACACCUUCUGCUUUGAGAAGUUCCCCAUGGAGGGCUGGGUGGCCUGGAUGAACCUCUACCGGGUCUUCGUGGGCUUCCUCUUCCCGUGGGCCCUCAUGCUGCUGUCCUACCGCGGCAUCCUGAGGGCCGUGCGGGGCAGCGUGUCCACCGAGCGCCAGGAGAAGGCCAAGAUCAAGAGGCUGGCCCUCAGCCUCAUCGCCAUCGUGCUGGUCUGCUUCGCACCCUACCACGUGCUCCUGCUCUCUCGCAGUGCCGUCUACCUGGGCCACCCCUGGGACUGCGGCUUUGAGGAACGGGUCUUCUCGGCAUACCACAGCUCCCUGGCCUUCACCAGCCUCAACUGUGUGGCCGACCCCAUCCUCUACUGCCUUGUCAAUGAGGGGGCCCGCAGUGACGUGGCCAAGGCCCUGCACAACCUGCUCCGCUUUCUGACCAGUGACAAGCCCCAGGAGAUGGCCAGCGCCUCGCUUACCCUGGACACUCCGCUCACUUCCAAGAGGAACAGCAUGGCCAGGGCUGUGGCAGCCGGCUGGGUGGCAUCUCCGCCCUCCCAGGGGGACCAGGUGCAGCUGAAGAUGCUGCCGCCGCCGGCACCGUGAACCUCAAACCGCACAGAGUCCUCGCUCCUCCAAUCUGAUCCCACACUCCCUCCCCUCCUGGUCUGGGUGUAUGCAAAUUAUAUGCAAAUAAGUCUGUGUUAAUAUUCAUAUGAAUAGAAGAAUAUAGGAAGACCACCAUGAGGUUGGUAUGUCACCAGUCAACCAUCGUGCUUCACCACGACUCCUUAACAAUUCAGUGGAAUGGUGCCUAGCCCUGUGCUGGGUGGUGCUGGCAACCCAGUGGGGAUGGAUGGCCACCCUGGCCCUGCCCUCAUGGCUCCCACUCCAAUGGGGGAGAUAGAUCUGUCCCUGGACAGUAGUGACCCAGAGUGAGCAGGGCUCAGACAGGGGAGCCCAGGAGCAGGGAACCCAAGAUGCCAGGAGUGCAUCUGACCCAGUCUGGUAGUCAGCGAGGGCUUCCUGGAGGAGGAGACCAGUAAAUUAAGUCUCCAAAAGAUAAACACAAAAAGGUUGGGUUUAGGACAUCUCUGGUGGCCUAGAGGUUAAGAAUCUGGAGUCAUCACUGCUGUGGCUUGGGUUACUACUGCGGUGUGGGUUCAAUCCACACUUCCACAUGCUUCAGGUGUGGCCAAAAGAAAAAAAAAAUUGGGGUAAUUUCCACUGUGGCUCAGCAGUAAUGAACCUGACUAGUAUCCAUAAGGACAUGGGUUCGAUCCCUGGGCCCCCUCAGUGGGUUAAAGAUCCCGAGUUGCUGUGGCUGUGGUGUAGGCUGGCAGCGACAGCUCCGAUUCAACCCCUAGCCUGGGAACUUCCAUAUGCCUCUGGUGCAGCCCUAAAAUGACCAAAAAAAAAAAAAAAAAAAAAAAAUUAGGGUUAUUUCCAAUAAAGGCAUAACAGUCUGUGACUCCAGGGGAAAGCAGAAGGAGAAAUUCACUGAGGAUUGAGCAAUGCCUUUUGCCUUUGGGAAACUCCGUCAUAUAGGGGAGGGAGGGAGCAGGAGGGAGCAAUUCAGAAUUUCAACCUAAACAGCAUCCUCUGGGCCAGGACCAAGGAGGGGGAGGGAGCACUUCAGGACCCAAAUGAGGGACAAUCGCUGACGGGCUGGGGCAGUGGGGUGCAGAGCAGGUUGGGGGGGGGGCUUGGGACAAGGGAAGUGUAUUUUUUCAUUCAUUCAAGAGAGAUUCGUUUAUAUCUACCCUCUGCCCGGCCCUGGGCUGGAGACAAAACAGUGACCCAGACAGCCCAGGCCCCACCCCUAUGGCGCUCACAGCAAAUGAGAAAAGAUAAUGUUUGGGAUCGAUAAGUUUAAUGGGGAAAAAUAAAGCCAAUUGAGAGGGUGGAGAGUG